AUGUACCCAAUUUUUCUAGGCUGGUGGCUGGCAUUUCUGGAUUCUGAGCGAAUGCUGCAGGAUAGAGUUGAUAGCAGUGCCGUAUCUGUAAGGGAACCUAAAGAGAAAGACCGAAAUCUUGGAAUUGAAGUCCUGGUUUCUUCGACCAUAGCCCCACCAAAAGAAUGUAAAGAUCUUCCAACACCAUGUUCUACUCCUACCACUUCUCGCAAAACUCGACGGCGUUCAAACCUGUUCCCUCCUUUGAAAAAAGGUGAGGAUGAGAAGAAAAACAAAAAUGGUGAAGUUGGAAGUGGUCGUGUGAUUCCUCUAAGACAGGGUUAUCUUUAUAAAAGAAGCUGUAAAGCUCUCAAUAAAGAGUGGAAAAAAAAGUAUGUCACUUUAACAAGUGAUGGAAGAUUGACAUAUCAUCCUAGCCUUCAUGAUUACAUGGAUGAUGUUCAUGGUAAAGAAAUUCCUCUGAUGCACACUACAGUAAAAAUUCCUGGACAAAAGCCUAGAGGAUCUCGUACUCAAGGAGCAUCAUCUAGUGCCUCUUCACAUCAAGUCAGUGAGCUGGCCUCUGACAUAAGUAAUCUAUCUAUCGCUGGAGGUGUUUUAAAUGGGAGUGAAACUCAGUUAAUACCUGCUGUUCCUAGCACAAAUCCUCUUUUAAGUAGGCUAGAUACACCUAUUGUAAAAAAAAGACACAGAAGAAUGAAAAGUACAGGACUCCGAAACAUGGAUGCGUUAGAUGAUUCAGAUGAUCAUGAAUUCAUCAUUGUAUCCUUGGAUAAUAAACAAUGGCAUUUUGAAGCAUCUAGUUCUGAUGAUCGUGAAGCAUGGAUUACAGCCAUUGAACAACAGAUACUCACUAGUUUGCAGGGGAAUGAGAGUUGUAAAACUAAAUCAGGUCGUACAACAUCAGCUGUUGAUCCUGCUUCAAUCCAGGCCAUCAAGAACAGUAUACCUGGCAAUAGUCAUUGUGUAGACUGUGAUGCUCCAAAUCCUGACUGGGCCAGUCUUAAUAUUGGAGCCUUAAUGUGCAUUGAAUGUUCUGGUAUUCACCGGAAUUUAGGUUCUCAUAUAUCUAGGGUUAGGUCUUUGGAUUUAGAUGAAUGGUUACCAGAACAUGUAAGUGUAAUGUUGUCUCUUGGAAAUACAAUAGCAAAUAGCAUCUGGGAAGGCAAUACCAGAGGUAGAGCCAAACCCACACCUAAUUCAAGCAGAGAAGAAAAGGAGAGGUGGAUACGUGCUAAGUAUGAAUUUAAAGAAUUUUUAACUCCUAUAUCUUCCAGCACACCAGUAGGCCAGCAACUGAUCGAUGUAGUGUGCAAGAGUGACAUAAAAGCAGUUGCUCUAGUUCUGGCUCACACAUCCUCCCCUGAGCAAGUCAACACAACUGUCAGUCCAAGAGAUCAAAGAACAGCUCUGCACCUUGCUGCAGCUUUAGGCAAUUUACCAAUCACUCAGCUUCUUAUUUGGAAUAAUGCAAAUUUAAAAGCAGUUGAUUCAGAUGGCCGAACUGCGGUUACAUAUGCAAAGAAUGGUGGAUUUCAAGAAGUCCAUGAUUUGCUGGUUCACAGUGGCUGCCCAGAUUUGAUCCCUGGAACCACUUCUACUCUGCCUCGCAGACGUGGUAGUCUAUCUAAGAAAUCAUCAGAAGUGUUUGACAACUUGCCUGCCAGCAUCAUAUAG